AUGUCCUCCUACGGCGAAGUGUUAAAACGAGAUGCCAACGCUCUGCAAGUGCUGCAGGAGUGCGGAUGGACGGUGCUCAUUUUCGUGAAGCCAUUUCAGGAACCAGGAGAAAGCUACGUAGACGUUCUGGAGAACAAGUGCGAGGAAUUCGAUCAUGCGCGAUACGUGUUGGAGCAAAUGACGGAUGAAGAGUUGAACCGCGACUAUCAGCAGGAAAGACACGGACAGAUGAAUCUUCUACAGUACUACUUCGAAGAGAAAUUUUUAAUUGGAUUUUUUUCAGAAUCAGAACUUCUAUAAUCACAUGUGAGAAUGUUUCUUUUUCUUAAAAAUCUUUGCUACCUCUUGAAUGGGUACACUACUACUACUACUACUACUUAGGUAAAAAAUUCGAUGAAUCAUGACACAAACAGCCACAAGACAUCUUUGGUUGGGCAGUAUCUUGUGACUGCAGAUUCCUGGUUUGUACUGUUUGACCAUGUUCGUAGAAGAAACACUUAAUUAUAAAACUUCUUCACUUCUAAUUGACGAGUAUGUUUAGGCAUCCACAGCUCUGCCUGUUUUCAAUCUCAGGUAUCUGAGGGAGAAACCAUGUGCCGUUCUAGCGAUUAUUGCGUCAUUGCCGCGGUUCACCCGACUGCUCGACCCUCACCCGGAGAGGCAUCAGAGUUGCCUCUCGGACGCUUGCAGAUUAGGACAGAAGUACUACUGGAAGCUACAUUUCUUGAAAGUGAUGCUUAUAAUGAUUCACGGGGGUGAGUAAGCAGAAUUGAUUCUUGAUUGUACCUAAAAGUAGUAGUUUGUGACCUUGUCUUGUUGUCCCGUGGGAAUCAUUAAUAAAGUAAACGAUUAAGAUACUUGAAAGGAAAUUAGCAGAGUCGAUACAACGUGGGCAUUACUCAUGCCCUUCACAUCUGUCAAUGGGGUUCUACUCGAACCCGAAUCGUCCCAGCCGAUGCGGCCUGGCCGUGGUGCAGCGGACCCUCAACCUUAACCUUAACCAUACUUGAAAGGAAAAAAACUGAUAUUCAAAAAUCCUGAUUCCCACAGGGACGCAGUGGAAGCUUUGUUUGGAAAUAAGCAUACACCAGACGAGCUGAUAUCAUGUCCAAACGAGCAUCGGGCGACCUAUUUGCACCAAGCAUGCUACAAUGGCCAUUUGAAUAUCGUGGAGUACGUGCUCACGCAUCCACGGUACUAGGACUAGAUAGAAGCGACGGACUAGUUAAGUAGUUAUUUUUAUGAUGUGGGACGAUAGAUACAGGAAAAGACUGUCUCAUUUUUUCUGAUUGAACCCUCGCCCUCCAGUAUUUGUUGGUAGCUACAACUGCAGAUGAAAAAGUAAUUAACUAUGCUGCUACAAGCCUCGCACUUACGCCAUCAAGAAUUCAAAAUUUCUUCCAGGUUCCCACAAGGACUCGACCUCUGGGUGAGAGGAAACACCCAUAAUGCCACUUGCAUGCAUCUUGCAUGCUGUCGGCCGCAAAUCGAAGUAGCAAAAUUUUUGGUAACCCACCCAAAAUGCCCCAAAGAACUCAUCAACUGGGGCAACAAGCAUAGUGCCACAUGCCUCCAUCUUGCAUGCGAGGAUGCACAUAUUCAGGUACUCUUGUUGUCCUCUUCCAUAGUACUGGAGAGCGGUACUUUGAAUUACUCGAACAACCAUUUCUCUACCUUUCAAGCUUCGCCACGAUAUCGCGAAAGCGUCUAGUUCUCAGACUCACGAAAGCAAACCAAUUCUAUUUCUGCAUUGUUUCAGGUUGUCGAGUUUUUGGUUUCCGCGCAAAAGUGUCGGGAAGAGCGUCUCAUCUUGCAGCAGAACAAGAACGGUUUUACCUGUCUCCACCUCGCGAUACAGAAGGGUCACAUCGAGGUCGUCAAGGCCCUUCUCAAUAACUCGGAUGCCCUCACCGUCGCUGCUCUCAUCCCACUUCAGACGAAGAAUGGUACAGGCUUUAGUAUAGUAAGUAGAAAUUUCUUGGAGAAGAAUGUCCAUGUCCUGUGACUGAAUGUCCUGUUUUAGUUGUGGUCGUGUCUACCAGUUGUAAAGUGUAAUCAUAAAAAGACUUGAGAAAUUUUUAUUUCACCGAUUUCCGACAGGUAACACCUGCUUCCACAUCACAUGCCAAGAGGGUUUUGUGCCAAUAAUGGAAUUUCUGUGGUUCCAUAGCGACGUGCCAAAAGAGGACAUGGUCGGUGCACAGGAUAAGGAUGGGUACUAUAAUAGAAUUAAUAGCCGCUGUUGAUCAAUGUUUUUCCUUCGUUACUGCAAUCUUCACGGAAUCAAGAUCGACAAGGAUACACAUUGACAAUCAUGAUACACAUUGACAAUCACUUCCAAACAGAAACUAGGCGUCAACUUUCAGAACGUGUGAUUUUUGAAUAAUCAUUUACAUAACGCCUUUCACGCACAAAGAAUAAUCAGUACUUCCGAGACCUAUGUGAGAGAAAUGCUAAACACCAACAUCCUUCCAGGUACAAUUGCCUGAACGACGCGUGUUACUAUGGGCAUUUGCAGCUCAUAGAAUUUUUCUUCAAUCACUGGCCGCAGGAAGAUGUAGCAGCGCGAUACCGAAGCACACACCAUAGACCACUAGGUAUUCACUAUGUUUUUUUUUUCAUUAGCCUCUGAUUUCACCUGUUAGAUAUCUUUUCUUUCAUGAGACCCUUUUAUCAGAUGUUGGCUCUGAAGAUUGGUUCCUGUGUUUCACCACUACGUUUGUUUCAUGGCCUACAGUUUCAACAUUCUGCAUAGCAGGGUACUUUUUGUCGCCAGAAUUUCCUACUUAAUAUUCUUGUUAGGGGAAACAUACAUUCCCUCUCCAUGUGACACCUUAAUCCCUGCUCACCCAGCAGCACCUCGCAUGAAGGCAGUCGCAACUGGAGGUGGUCAUCAUGACGCAUCAGCCAGAUCAAGCGGUGGUGACAAGGAAAAAGAUGCGAGUGAUUUGAAUAAUCAAUCUGCGGGAGGACCAGACUCGCCGUCCGUGGAUGCGACAAAUACAGACGACAAUCGAGAUUGGGAAGAUGAUAUAUCUUUAGUCAGCCAGGAUGAUAGGUACUUACAACAUUUUUGAAUUUGAGUCGUUUUUCUCUGGUUAUCUAUUCAUUAUCUCAUUAGCAGUUCGGUCCUCGAAGAUACUGUAAUUGAAAUCUCGAAAAAUAUGUCUCCAACACCAGCAUCACCUCGGUUUACAAAAAAGGUUUCCAUCGUUGACGGACUUGAUUUUCUCUGUGUCUGGGGGUAUAGGCAACUGCCUUCACGUAGCCUGCAGUCGUGGGCAUUUGAGUAUCGUGGAAUUUCUAUGUACUCGCAAGAACGGCGGCAGCGGAGGGCUUGGUGGUGUCGGAGACAUCACGGGUGGUGAACAUCUGCAGAGAGAAGGUUAUGGGCAGGUUAAAGGUGUUCUUGUUACUAGCGUUGGUUUUGCCCCUUUUGCAUAAGGGGGAAAGGCAUAACGAACGGGAUAAAGAACAACACCAAAUUUGUACCUCUAAGAAGGCGAUAGCCCGGCGUCAGCCGCUGCGGAGGUGUCCGCUAUGAACGGGGACCACUCAGGCGGCCAGAGCAGCAGCAGUCGGGAGCCAGCCGCUGCGUCCUCCAGUGCAUCGCCAAGUGGCCAGCAUCAGAGUGGGCUGCUGCCACUGGGCACGGGAGCGAGUCAGCACGGCCACUCGUCGUCGAGUAGCACUGUGCGCGGCGGCGCGCGAGGGGAAGCUGCAAGUCCACGAGCGGGUCCGCCGAAUAACACAAAUGUUGGUGGCAACGCUGGAGGAACGACGGGAGCAGCAGCGCCAGCUUCACCGGGAGCAGGAGCAGCAACGGACCGCUACCCGCCCAACGGGCCCGAGCGGGGAGGCCCGAGCCUCGGCACCGCAGAUCACGCGGAACAUCAGGGCAGUCCUAGCAGUUUCAACGAGAUGUCAGAUGAAGAGUCGAGCGAGGUCGGCCCAGAGCAGUUCUACUCCAUCGAGCAGUUAGUCUUGUCAAAAAACAAGCACAACGCCAGUGGACUGCAUCUAGCCAGUAUCAAGGGCCAUCUAGAGAUCGCCAAGUUCUUAGUGGACAACACAGGGCUCUCGCCCGAGAAGAAGCGCGAUUUCCUAGGCCUGCAGAACAAGAAGGGAGCGACGUGUCUCCACUUCGCGUGCUACCACGGCAACGUGGAAGUCGUGAAAUUCCUAGUGAACCAUCCGAACUGCCCAAAGGAGCUGAUUCAAGCGCGAAACCGCAACCACUACACGUGUCUGCACUCAGCCUGCGACGAGGGGCGCUUCGACGUCAUCGAGUUUCUAUGCUCGAACGCAAAUUUCCCCAUCGAGCUCCUCGCAGCGCAAGCACGGUCGAACACGAUCUUGCACAAGGUAAAUCAUUUUAUGAUCACUGCUUCCAAAAUUUGAAUUCGUGUUGUCAAGUAGGACCGACCACUGUGUGAAGAUUAUACGGAGAUUGAUAUUUAUUACUAAUUACACGUAGUUUUAUGGUUUUGUUCCCCACUUUGUGUGUACUGAAGAUGUUGAUUUCAUUAAAUCGUGAUCGUCUGAAAUUGAUUGGAAUUCCAAGGUCUGCGAAUACGGGUAUUUGAAUAUCGUGAAGCUGCUAGUGCAGCAAAGUAUCGCCGCAAGCGAACGUGGUGUGGUUUCAGAAAACGAUCCGAGUUUCAAGCCAGACACUCUCGUAACUUUUCGCAACAAUCUCGGAGACACGUGCCUCCACGUAGCAGCUGCAGAAGGGCACUUGCUCAUAGUGGAGUACCUAGUCAAGUUAUGGCAGGGGAGCUAUUACUUGCAUGAAUCCUGUAGUUUGGGAGAAAGAUAGAAAGAGAUGGUGGCCUCUUUGCAGGAAAUAUAGCUAGCAUUGCAUCAAAAAUAAAUGCUUAGCACAGAAGAUAGGGCGCUCCUCGAAUGGGAGUUGUAAAUUUAGGUGUAGAAUAAUCCAAGAGGGUCGACGUCAAACUACGGUGGAUUAAACACUUCUAAUCCCCUGCGCGGCCGCAGAAAAGUACAACCUGCUCUUCACGAAGAACAAGCAAGACAUGACCUGCCUCCAACUGGCGUGCAGCGAGGGGCACCUUUCAGUAGUGGAAUUCCUUCUCAACUUCUGCACGGUGAACGACCCAAGUCAAAAGAGAAAGGUACAAGCACGAUAUGAACAUAUUUUAGCUUUUUGAGCAAAAGAUAUCUGUACGUCCGGGAGUAUUAAUGGUUUUUAUCUCUAAGUCAAUAAUUAAUGGUUAGGUCACUGGAGAAAGUUCAUUAACUUGUCGACUUUCUAAAUCAGAUUGCUUUCUAACAAAUUUUAGAUCACAUCAAGACUCCACCUCCACCUCGCAGGAGAGAAAUGAAGAUCCCAUCCUAUCCCAUUAUUUCCAGGACUUGCUCACCCAGAGUUUGAAUGUUUACCACGCCACUUGUCUCUUUUCGGCCUGUGAAGCCGGCCACACGCAGAUUGUAGAGUGCUUGCUCGAGCACAAGCACUUCCCAGCACAGCUGAUACACGCGCAAACGAAGUAUGGCACCAGCUGUCUUCACGCAGCCUGCGAAAAGGGGUUCAUGGAUAUCGUCCAACUUCUCAUGAACCACAAACACUGCAACAAGCGGCUUAUCCAGUGCAAGGAUCGCGGAGGCCAGACGUGCCUCGAAUUGGCAAAGUAUUUCUUUUUUCUACUGGAUGGACAAAAAAUAAGUUCUACUUGUUGAUCGUGGUGUCAUGUUACAAAUCAAAAGAAUCCUAUAGCGACGUAGUACAAUCAAUAUGGAUAAAUACAGUAGAAUCAAUUAGUCGUGGAUGUACUUGAAAUAUUCACGGAGGUCUUCAUCCUACUUCGACAAUUAUCCUCAAUAAAGGUGCGAAGGGCAUGCUGAGAUAGUGGAGUACGUGCAGAACCACUCACUCUGGAGCAAAGAAGAGGAACUGCCAGUCGGACCCGAGCAAGGUCCUUCAGUCGUAAACGCCGUCGCGACAACGAUCAAGCGUUGGUUUGGGCGAGAGGAGCCGCGGUCGCCGCAAUAAGCAGAACUUCCACAGAGAGGAUCUUUGAUAUGCAUAGCUAGGCUUAUCGUGUAAAUAAUAGAGAUCUUGUUCAGGAGUAAAGAAUAUUAUGGCUCGAUGAGUAUUUGUAUCUGUGGAUGUUCUACGCAUAAAAAUGAGUACAUCGGUCUUCACAAUAACCUAAUGAAAAGAAAGAUAACUUAUUAUCAUUCACCACGGCCACGAUGCUCUUGAGCGGAAUUGGUCAACAUAGUUCGAAGUACUGAACCUAAUACGCUCUUGUGAUUAUUCACUAAAAUUUUCAUUUUGACUCAAAUUACUACUCCCUUGAAAUCUUGUUGCUUGAUGCUUCCAAAUCUUGUUCUAUAGCAUUUCAUUGUUUAUUCAAUUUAUAAGUCGUAUUCAGAACGUCGCCGGUUAGAGUGAAAGUGAUCGUGCAAAUUGCAAGCAUGUCGCAGUGCGAUGUUUCUUCAUAAAUGUAAAUGCACGUCGGCUGUUCUGUGUCAGCCACUCCUUGCCAUGAAUUAUAGCACCAUCCGUAACCACUGCUUCCUCUUCGCACAACUCAUAGUUGUAUCACAUGCUGCAGAGGAAGUAUCAACAUGGGCAAAAAUGACACGUCGUGUAAAUAGCAGUAUCAAGAAGAUGAUCACAAACAUUCAUAGCAGAUUGCAAGUCCUAGUAUCUUCAUGAGCAUGAAGAAAUCUAAAGCACAUCGCACACCUUGUAAAAACAUUUUUUGACAACUCGAUGUCAUGUGUGUAGAGAACUAUCGAUAUUCAAGGAGGUGAAAAAUUACAACCGAGAAACAAUGUUUAUAAGUUUUAAGCUUAACAAAUAUGCUUCAUUGACCACCCAAGUAACUGCAACAGGCAGUUCCACUUAGAAUUUAAGAUAUCCUGUUUCGAAUUUACAACAACUUAUGUCACUAGCACCAACGGUUAUGAAUUAUCAAGAGCUUUGUGUCGUAUCACAAAUGUAGCAAGUAUCCAAGAGCACGUAAUGUACUGCAUGGCAUGAUAGAACUCACUGUACAGAACUGCAUACUCAAUUCUUUGAGUAAUCGUUUAUUUGACUUGCAACGCGGAUCUAAAAGACGCUAGAAGAUACCGAACAAAGGUGCCUAUUCAGAAAAGAUCUUAUUAUGCCUAUUUCAUUCUCAUUUUCAUCAGUCCAAAAUUGAAUCUUGAUAUGCAUCUUGCAACUCUUAUGGAUUUUAAUCCUGGUUUCUUCAAAUAUGAAGCUUGUUAAUAUAGUUUGCAUCGAUUGACUAAUUGACAAGCAUUAUUCACAGUGUUAUCGAAGAUCAAAUAGAUAUAUAGAAGUAGUUACAUCAUUCAACAUUUUACGGUGGUGGAAGAAUUUUUCAGCGUGAAAUUGAGUGUCGCGGUCGCCCGCGGCGUUGUCGGAGCAUGAAUGGAACACCAUGCAUCGCAGGUUGUUUGCACUGUCAGCUCGCGAGGUCUGCGACAAAAAGAAUAGUACGGUGCAUGAAGAACAAGUAUUCGACUGUUCUUGCAUGUUAUGGCACCAGAACUAGGAAACACAUCUAGCUGUAGUCAUGUGGUACACGUUGAGGUUGUAUUUACAGGUACAAAUAAUUAGUGAUUCUAGUCGAGUAGCUGUACACCCUGUUGGACUUUCUCUUACGACCCUAGUUCUAAGGAGUCUGUAAAAUCCACCAAAGUUUGGAAUUUCUCAUAGGAACUCACGCGUUCCCCUCAUCACGGAAUGUAGUAUAGGAAGACAGAGCUGGAUCGCAUAGAACAUCACGAUAGGCAUUCGUAUUAUAGGAAAAAACCGAGCAACAGCGAACAAUCUACCACGUUCUUCGCGUGUAGUACGUGGGUGAAUAGGCUUUUCCAGGGGAGAUGAUCAUACUGAGCCUUGCAUUGGCAGCCACCAGUGAAUAUGAGCACAUGCCCACACAUAUUAGACCUCCCCUUGGCCCCAUCUUGUAUCGCGCAACCAGAUAUUUUUUGGCCUCCCAUGAAAAAUCCACAGCUCAGAAGUUUGUACGACAACAACGACGCAUACAUGCGUUACGCAUAGCCGCGUUGUGCCACAAU